GGAGGCUCCGCCUUUAAUCUCCAAAGUCCACCUAGCAGGCAGCAGGUUGCCAUUUCCCCCGUUCCACCUUAAAUGACUAAUCCCAAACCAGACCUCUCUCUCUCACACACAUCCCGCGGCGGUCCCCGGCUUGUGCUCUCUCUCUUUCCAGUCCCGGAAUCCCUGGAUCCAGCUGUCUCUGCUGCCGAUCCGCUGUAGUCCGGAGCCUGUCCGCGUCGCUACGCUCUCUUCCAACACGGUGGAUCUGGCAGACUAGCGAGGGUGAAACACGGUUAAAAAAUUACCAAUCGAAACUGAAACCUCGUUUUUGCCUUCGAACCCGGACCGGACGCUAAAUCCACAAUAUACCAACGUAUCCCUUUCUGUGAUAAUCUUUUCUUCUUGGAAAAGGUGGGGAAAGGGAUUUUGUUUUCCAAAAAUCUGGAUUGUUAACUUUGCGGGGAGACAGAGACUGCCUUUUUACCGAUGCAUUUUUUAUAUUCCGUUUAUUGUAGAUAUAAUUGUGGUCCUGUAAUUAUUAAUAAACCGUUUACUCGUUUAUUUAUUUACUAGAAAGAAACAUUACUACUAAUAAUAAUAUUUACGGUAACAAAACAUAAAAACACCCUUGUUUAAGCUGUUUUGUUGCUUAUUUCUCAAGCCACUUUUUUUUUGUUUGUUUUUUUUAUUUUGGAAUCCCAAAUUAUUGCAAAACUGUCUGUAUAAACUCGGAUGUUGGUUUUCACAUUUUAUUUUAUUACAACAAUCUUGAGGGAAAGAACAACCACACCACGAAGACAUUAAUACUAAAUUGGUAUAGAAAAGCCUCAAUAAUUUCAGUUGUUUUUCAAGAACGAUAUUCACUGAAUGCGUCAUCGUUACUGGAAUGAAAUGCUGUCUUAUUUUUUAAUCAUUAAUGCAAAUUACACACGAAACAUUAGAGAAACACGAAUUAUUACAGAAAACGAAAUCUCGAAAGAAGAACGUUAAUCACUAAUCAAAGUCAUUUUUUUUUUUUUUUUACCUAUUUUCUUUCUUUCCCUGCGUAACAGAGAUUUUAUUGUUAUAUUUUCAUCUGACGCUUGUGUAAAGAAUAUUUUUGGGGAAGUUCUCUACUGGGAGGGGAGGAGACUAAAACGCCAUUCUUUUAGACUACAACCUGGAUUUAAAAGAAAUUCGAGGGACGAGUCGUUAACUACAGAUAUCAUGUUGCACUGAGCCUAAAGAUUCACCCGUCAGCAGAAGACCGAGUGAUCCAGCGAGUUGCCUGUAUCCAGGGAAGUCCCGCCCCUUUGAGAAAAUGCCUACUUGUCCUUGUUUGGGGCCACAGAUGCUGUGGUAACAUGCUGUUCUUGGUUACUCCUCUGUCUGGAGAAGCCUGGCUCAGCUGAUGUUUGUGUCUGUAUCCGUGAGGGAAAAAGCUCAAGAAAUUCCCAGAAUUCCUUGCGAAGGGCAGGGACUAGGCAUACUUCCUGUCUCCUGAAGUUUUUAACAUUUUGGGGUAGGCGGAGUAAGAAGAAAGAAAUAACAUUUGUAUCAUCAUAAAAACAAAACUGUUUGUUUAUUUGAACAUUCUGAAUACUAUUAUAUUGAUCUUUUGAAAAAACGGGUUUAAAAAAAAACCGUAAAAACAAACAGAAGACAAUCCCAACAUUCGAGUAAGAAUGGCAAACAACACGGUGGACCACCCCCCUGGGAACUCGGUUGCCGAGGGUAACCAUGAAGGCGAGUUUGGCUGCUCGGUUGCUGACCUGCGUGGAUUGAUGGAACUGCGGAGCGGCGAGGCAGUCGCCAAUAUCAGGGACAGAUUUGACGACGUACAGGGCAUCUGCCGCAAGCUGAAGACCUCGCCCAUUGAAGGCCUCUCCGGUAACCCUGUGGACCUGGAGAAGAGGCACCUGGAGUUUGGCCAGAACUUCAUCCCUCCGAAGAAAGCCAAGACCUUCCUGCAGUUAGUGUGGGAGGCGCUGCAGGACGUGACCCUCAUCAUCCUGGAAGUGGCAGCCAUCAUCUCUCUGGGGCUGUCUUUCUACCACCCUCCAGGGGGAAACAGCGAGCAAUGCGGUCAGGUAAGCGGGGGAAUAGAGGACGAAGGCGAGGCCCAGGCUGGCUGGAUCGAGGGGGCCGCUAUUCUCUUCUCUGUCAUUAUCGUAGUCCUGGUAACGGCCUUUAACGACUGGAGCAAAGAGAAGCAGUUCAGGGGGCUGCAGAGCCGCAUCGAGCAGGAGCAGAAAUUCACCGUCAUUCGCAAGGGCCAGGUCAUCCAGAUUCCUGUGGCUGAGAUUGUGGUGGGGGACAUCGCCCAGAUCAAAUACGGUGAUCUGUUGCCAGCAGAUGGCGUUCUCAUUCAGUGCAACGACCUGAAGAUUGAUGAGAGCUCCCUGACCGGCGAGUCGGAUCACGUCAAGAAGUCAGUUGAAAAUGAUCCCAUGCUGCUGUCCGGGACUCACGUGAUGGAGGGCUCCGGUCGCAUGGUGGUGACAGCAGUCGGCUUGAACUCUCAGACUGGCAUCAUCUUCACCCUGCUCGGGGCUGGAGGGGAUGAGGAGGAGAAGAAGUUGAAGAAAGGCAAAAAACAAGGACCUGCAGAAAAUCGCAACAAAGCGAAAGCCCAGGAUGGAGUGGCCCUGGAGAUACAGCCUCUGAAAAGUGAGGAAGGAGUGGAGUGUGAGGAGAAGGAGGUGAAGAAAGUUAACGUCACCAAGAAGGAAAAAUCAGUGCUUCAGGGCAAGCUUACCAAACUAGCAGUACAGAUCGGCAAAGCGGGCCUGAUCAUGUCGGCUGUGACGGUGAUUAUCCUGAUCCUGUACUUUGUCAUCGACACCUUUGGGGUUCGUGGAUAUGCGUGGACGAAGGAAUGCACCCCAAUCUACAUCCAGUUCUUCGUGAAGUUCUUCAUCAUCGGAGUGACCGUGCUUGUGGUGGCCGUUCCCGAGGGGCUGCCCUUGGCUGUCACCAUCUCGCUUGCAUACUCCGUCAAGAAAAUGAUGAAGGACAACAACCUGGUGCGUCACCUGGACGCUUGCGAGACCAUGGGCAAUGCCACGGCAAUCUGCUCAGACAAGACGGGCACGCUGACCAUGAACCGCAUGACGGUGGUGGAGGCCUACAUCGGGGACACCCACUUCCCGCAGGUCCCAGACCCGGAAGCACUGCAACCCGAAACACUGGAGCUCUUGGUCAAUGGGAUUGCUGUCAACUCCGCCUACACUACAAAGAUACUGCCUCCUGAGAAGGAGGGUGGUUUGCCCCGUCAAGUGGGAAACAAGACAGAGUGCUCCCUGCUGGGGCUGGUCCUAGAUCUGAAGAAGGACUACCAAGCAGUGAGAGACGAGGUUCCAGAAGAGAAGCUGCACAAGGUCUAUACCUUCAACUCUUCACGCAAGAGCAUGAGCACUGUGCUGAAGAACCCUGUGGGAACAGGCUUCCGCAUGUACAGCAAGGGAGCCUCUGAGAUCAUUCUGCGCAAGUGCACUCGGAUCCUGGGUAGGACUGGUGAAUCUCGGAUCUUCCAGGCGAAGGAUCGGGAUGACAUGGUGUGCAAGGUUAUCGAACCCAUGGCCUGCAACGGCCUGCGCACCAUCUGCCUGGCCAUGCGGGACUUUGAGACGGAGCCCGACUGGGACAACGAGAAUGAAAUCCUGUCCAACCUGACCUGCAUCGCUGUGGUGGGCAUUGAGGACCCCGUCCGGCCGGAGGUACCAGACGCCAUCACCAGGUGCCAGCGGGCUGGAAUCACAGUGCGCAUGGUGACGGGAGACAACAUCAACACGGCACGGGCGAUCGCCACCAAGUGCGGCAUCCUGCUGCCUGGCGAGGACUUCCUGUGCCUAGAGGGCAAAGAGUUCAACACGUUGAUCCGCAAUGAGAAGGGCGAGGUUGAACAAGAACGUCUUGAUAAAGUCUGGCCUAAGCUGCGAGUCCUGGCUCGUUCAUCUCCAACGGACAAGCACACCCUCGUCAAAGGAAUCAUCGACAGCAUGGUUGGAGAAACGCGUCAGGUGGUGGCUGUGACGGGAGAUGGCACCAACGAUGGCCCCGCCCUCAAGAAGGCUGACGUCGGCUUUGCUAUGGGUAUCGCAGGGACGGACGUUGCAAAGGAAGCCUCUGACAUCAUCCUGACAGAUGAUAACUUCACCAGCAUCGUGAAGGCGGUGAUGUGGGGCCGCAACGUCUACGACAGCAUCUCCAAAUUCCUGCAGUUCCAGCUCACUGUCAACGUGGUGGCCGUCAUCGUGGCUUUCACCGGGGCCUGCAUCACACAGGACUCUCCUCUCAAAGCUGUCCAGAUGCUGUGGGUCAAUCUGAUUAUGGACACCUUGGCAUCCCUGGCCUUGGCCACAGAGCCCCCCACCGAGUCCCUGCUGCUGCGCAGACCGUACGGGAGGAAUAAGCCGCUCAUCUCCCGGACCAUGAUGAAGAACAUCCUGGGCCACGCUGUCUACCAGCUCACCAUCAUCUUCACGCUGCUGUUCGCAGGAGAGAAGUUCUUUGACAUCGACAGCGGUCGGAACGCACCCCUGCAUUCCCCGCCCUCGGAACACUACACCAUCGUCUUCAACACCUUCGUCAUGAUGCAGCUCUUCAAUGAGAUCAACGCGCGCAAGAUCCAUGGGGAGAGGAAUGUCUUUGAGAGCAUCUACAAGAACCCCAUCUUCUGUGGAGUGGUGCUUGGCACCUUCGUCUUCCAGAUUAUCAUUGUGGAGUUGGGAGGAAAACCCUUCUCCUGCUCUGGCCUCACCAUUGACCAGUGGCUGUGGUGCGUCUUCAUUGGGGUGGGAGAGCUGCUCUGGGGUCAGCUGAUCUCCGCGAUCCCGACAAACCGCCUGACGUUCCUGAAGGAGGCAGGCCACGGGACCACGAAGGAGGACAUCCACGAGGAGGAGUACACAGAGGGAACAGAUGAGAUUGACCAUGCCGAGAUGGAGAUGCGUCGAGGGCAGAUCCUUUGGUUCCGGGGGCUGAACCGCAUUCAGACACAGAUGGACGUUGUUUCUACAUUCCAGACGGGCUCAACGGCGGUGCCGGGGGCUCUGCGUCGGCAGCCCUCAGUGGUCAGCCAGAACCACGACGCAAAAACUGUUUCUAGCCCCACCCAUAUUAAAGUGGUGAAUGCAUUCCGUAGCUCCCUUUACGAGAAGCCAGAGUCAAGGACCUCCAUCCAUAACUUCAUGUCCCAUCCUGAAUUUGGUCCAUCUGCAGAGGACGAGCCUAGGAUCCCCACCAUACAGGAAAACAGCAUUGAGAUUGAGGGUCUCUCCGAGUCCCCAAAAGCAAAAGGGGGUCCAAGGGCACACUCCCCCAACCGCAACAAUAACGCGCUGGACAUCGUUGUGGCCCCUUCCCAAGGCAACACAUCCCCGGGGAGCCCCCUGCACAGCCAUGAGACAUCCGUCUGAUGACCCUAGAACUCUGACCCUCAAAUCUCCCAUGCAAACGCACUACUCCAGAUGCACGGUUUUGCCAUGUGCAUGCUUGCCUGCGUCUUGCCUGCAAGCAAGCAAAAUCAGCUGUUGGGCAGGAGAGCUCAGGUCUACUCUGACUUCUUCAGUUACUCUCUCUCUCUCUCUCUCUCUCUCUCUCUCUCUGGUUUUGCUACAUGUUUAUAAAUGUCAGUACUAUGUGGGUUCUAGUUUUAAAGUUAUAUCCAAUGAUCAAAAAAACAUACUUUUAUACUGUAUGUGAACUUCAAAUUCAAACAAAAGUGAAACCACAAAAAUCUGCAAAUAUUCAAAUUAGCCCAGCCAUUUUUGUUUCCCAGCUCACGCUAUGGUGACAGUUUCCCAAAUAAAAUCUGUGGCAUAAGGAAUGGAUUUAGAUACUUUUAAGCUCUCUGUUGAGAUGGUACAAAGUAAAAUCCACCCUGGUCUUAUUUUUAAAUUUUGCAACACUGCCAAAACUAAGAGCCUGCCUUUCUUUCUUUCUUUCUUUCUUUCUUUCUUUCUUUCUUUCUUUCUUUGCGUGUGUGUAUAGAUAUAUAUUUUACACACACACUUCAUUGAAUUAAUUGUUCUGUACAUACAGUACUCACACCGUAAGAGUACUGUAUGCAGAAGGGAGUCAAUGAGUGCCCCCUGUCUGCAGCUAGGUGUCACAGUCCCUCCUCCAGUGCCAUUAGAAAAUAGUUUAACAAAACAUUAAGGAGAAAUGUAUUAUAGUUAAUAAUUAAUUAUUUUCUUUUAGAUAAACCACAUAUAUAUAUAUAUAUAUAUAUAUAUAUAUAUAUAUAUAUAUAUAUAUAUAUAUAUAUAUAUAUAUAUAUAUAUAUAUAUAUAUAUAUAUAUAUAUAUAAAUAUAUAUAUAUAUAUAAAUUAAUUUAAAUCUGUUUUCUUUUUUUUCUGGGGAUGGGCGUUGUUGUUUUUUUAUAAUUGAAUUAUCUGUGUGUGUGUUUGGGGUGGGGGAUGAAUAACCGAAACUAUGUCGCAAUUAAGCGCACAACACCGCCAGAUCCUUUUUUUUCUUCUUUUGUUUUAAAUUUUUUUUGAAAAGACAAAAAAAAAAUCUCUGUAUCAAGUCAGCUGUAAUUGUAUUGCCAUUUAUUAAGAUUUUUUAAAUGACAGAAGUUCCAUUUCGUUUUCUAACCUUUUCGCUGUGAAAUUUCGCAGUGACGACACCACCAGACCCAUUCAAUCCCAUCCUUCCUUGAGACUAUUAGUUUUAGUUCAAAGGUUCUUUCCUGCUAGAGUAGCGAAAUAGCAAGACCAUGUAUGUUUAAAUACUUAUCCAGUAACUGUUUCAACACUGUCCUUGAGUCAAGUGUGUAAGCUGUAAAAUUAACGUGGACUGCUGUUUUUGUGCCAGUUAGGUUGGGGGGAUGUUUCCUUUACUUUGUAAAAAAGACUACUAUUGCAAGGGAAAUCAAGCUACAGUGCACAUGCAACAGUGAGUUGGUAAUGGGAAUCUGAUUUGAAGUUCAAUUCAGAAUUGAUUUCAGUUUGAAAUAGCCACGCCCCCAGUUUACGGCUCUCCUUUUACAUAUGGAUCAGCCCUUGACCAUCUUACCAAUAUUUAAAGGUCAAAAUCUUUAUUGGUGUUGCACCACUAAUGGCUGUGUGGUCCAGUGGUUAAAGAAAAGGGCUUGUAACCAGGAGGUCCCCGGUUCAAAUCCCACCUCAGCCACUGACUCAUUGUGUGACCCUGAGCAUGUCACUUAACCUCCUUGUGCUCUGUCUUUCGGGUGAGACGUAGUUGUAAGUGACUCUGCAGCUGAUGCAUGGUUCACACACCCUAGUCUCUGUACGUUGCCUUGGAUAAGGUGUCUGCUAAAUAAUAAUAAUAAUAAUACCAUUCUGUGAUACCUGGUACUCCCAGAUUUGAGUUGUUUCUCACUAUAAAAGAUAUAGGUUUGAUCGUAUUUUAAAAUUACCCCCUAAAAAAAUCUGCUAAUAAGUUGAAAUCACGGCUGUCUCAUUCUUGAACAUGAACAGCAACUUGAUUGGGCGAAUUCUUCGCCGUUUAAUUCUAAUCAGCCAAUCAAAGCCUCCCCUCAGUCCUGUUCACAUGCUCCCUGUUGGCUGACAGCCAUCCUACAUCCCUGAAGGCUGAUUUCUCAAAAGAGGAGAGGAAAUCGGAAAAGUUUUAUGAUUUUUAUAAAAAUAAUUAUCAUUUUUGUAAGGUAUGUCAGUAGUACUAACCCCCCCCCCCCAAAAAAAAACUGUUCAAAAAGUCAAGCGAUGUUUCGGAAGUAUAUUUUUUUCUAUAUAUAUAUAUUUUCUAAAUCGUUUCCGUUCUAACUGGGUGACACAACAGCACGUUUAAUUUAUUGAGAGGAAGAGGAAUAUUCCUUUAGAUUAUCUAGUUUAAAUAAAAUGGCUUUCAAGUAAUAUUGAAGAAAAACAAAGGAAGAAAAAAAACAAAAGAAGCUGGACAUUUUUGCUUUGAGGCACCUUGGAAAGGUGAAGGUGUAUUACUGCCAUCUAAAAACAGGAAGUACUGCCUGGAGCGAACAGGAAGUGAUGCGUUUACUGCUAAGAGACACCCGGUUGCCUUGUCAUAGCUAGUGUUAAAAAAAAGAUUUUGAUCUAAAAUCAGACAACCCUUAUCAGCUGUAGCGUUAUAAAUUACAGAAACACUUCUGCAAAUCCUUCACCUGUUAGCACUCACUAGCUCAAUCUUGUAUGUGCCUCUGCUUACAUGACACAACCAAAACAAGGCUUUACAAAUCCACAAUGAAGCGAGCAUUCAAGAAGGUGUAUGCGACCCUAUUGCUGAAGCAGUCUGAACUAUUUCUUCAAAUAGUUCACUGAAAGCUCUUGCUUGAAAUUCUGCGCACGCAACCUUUAGCAUUGGCACCUCCACCAAGCCACUGUGGUUCGAGGAGUUGUUUUUUUUUUUUUUUUUAAUCGUUGACCUAUGUCUCUUAGUGAGCAUUAAAGUAUUUGCCUAAGCGUUUUGUCAUUUAUGACCGCACUGCAGGUGAAAAAAUGUCAGCGUUCGUAUGCAGUGGAUAAAAAAACAAUUGGCAAAAGUGAAACCAAAGCCAUAGCCUCACUUCCUGCCUGCCCAGGCCACUUCUUUAACUUAACUGACAUGUGAUUAGUUUUAUUGCACAGGCAUAAUAAAUAUUGAUAUGUACAUUGUAAUAUAUAUAUAUGUUAAUAAAUCAAUGUUGUGCAGUAACUUUAAUAAAUACUGUCAACAGAAGGGAACUAAAUAUAACUUUCUAAAAUAGGGUUGAUAUUUCCAAAGUUUGGGAAUUUAUGAGUAUAUUGGUUGAGAGCUAAGUGGCUGUAUUUAGAUUGGGGUAACAGCUGGUGAAAUAUGCCAGUUCCACACCCUUUGACGCAAACACAGUGUACAGAAGUUACAUUUAGUAAUAAUGAAGUUACAUUUAGUAAUAAUGAAGUUACAUUUAGUAGCCCUUUUGGAUUGAUUAAAAUAAACUUCUUUAAAAAAAAAAAAAAAAGAUUCAGAGAUGUUCAGAACUUAAUGUAAUUUAAUAAGCACUGGUAUUAUUUUUGUAUAAAAAUAUGAUUGAAUUAUACUUGUGGCAUGCAUGACUUACAAACAUUUUGAUGGUUCAAAGCAGUAUGUAUCUCCUGUGUGAGUGCCAUUCGUAGUGUUCUGUGUAGCAUCAGCCCUGCUGUACGUUGAGACUUGCUUUUGGAAAUCAAAACUGUUCAGUAGCUGUGUUUAGUGUUCUGCAUGUUUAUGGAAUGAAUCAUCCAGAAUGUUUACUUGCUUCCAGGAUUCCCAACACACUUACAUGCACACGCUUACAGACUUGUAAGUGCGUACGCACCAAAUAGGUAUACACGCACACUCUCGCAGGCACACAAGCAUUCAACCAGGCACGCUCACACACACUGAUCAGAUGCUGUUUCGGGGGGAAACGGUCAAAAAAAAAAAGAUAUAUAAUCCAAUGUGCUUUAAUUAGGAAAGGGGUUCUUAUUAUAACAGCAUGUUUGAUGUAUCUACUUAUUUAUAUGGUUAUAUAUAUAUAUAUAUAUAUAUAUAUAUAUAUAUAUAUAUAUAUAUAUAUAUAUAUAUAUAUAUAUAUAUAUAUAUAUAAUUACAUUUACUGUAUGUCACAGUCAGCCCUGUUCGUAAAACCUGUCUAUAAAAGUCUAUAAAUACAAUGUAUGUUUUGUGAAUAGCUUGAAUAUCUCACCUCAGCCGUAUUGCAGCCAGAGAGAAAUGCACAGAUGUAUGGCAGCCUUGUUCUAUGGCGGGAGGGGAACACACUGUGUAAACCCAGUACGGGUCAAAUCUGUGUGGAUUUGGGGUGUUCAAACAUUAGACUGAAUUGUAUUGUUUCAUUUCCCCUUAUCGUUUUGUUUGGUUACUAUAAUAUAACUUCAUGCAUUCGGGUAAUACUGGAAUCGGAAUGCUUUCUGGUAUUUAAUGAUCAGUUUUACUACAGUGUUACCUGAAAAACAAGUUCAAAUCAAGUGCAAUUAACAUAGCCGAGGCCAUGAUCGCUACGUUAGUGUUCACCAAAAGAGUUAGAGCUGGGAUAGAUGAAAAAAAAAAAUACUGAACUGAUUGCGGUUCCUGGAACCUGAUUUGCAGACUCCAAAAAAAUGUGAAGGCGGCUUUCAUGUAAACAGACUGCACAACACACUUCCUUCUAAGCUGUGCAGUAUCAGUCAAAUUGCGGGCGGUUUUAUUUAGCCAGGGCAACCUCUCCAGUCGUUUUUCAGUCCCUGUUUGGGAGAUGUUUAGUUUAAUUUCUUAGAAACUGCAUCAGUGAAUUAAGCGCUAAAGCACGACUAGACACGACCUGCGUGUGCUGAUAGCAGGCGGGAAGGGUGAGUGAGGAAGGCAAGAUUUUGUUCUGCAAUGCACACGGGAGGGGAGAUCUGAGCCAUGUUUAUUUUUUUUGUGCGCUCGGAGAAUUAAUUAGAACCAACGCGACUGAUCGAGAGAACGAGCAGUGUACUGUCUUAAUGCUUCAAGGACUCACCAACUAGGCGGUUGCCAAAAUCUCAAAAAGGGCCUAGAAAUUGCACUUUUUAAAUAAAUCAGGUGCAUACAAUUUUGUUACUGUUUUUUUCUGUUGAGGUACCUAAAAUCUUUUUUUUUUAUUAUUUUUUUUUUUUUUUACCUAUUUUGAUUUUCCAAAAGUUGCACAUUAAUUAAACACAAAGGAUCAGAUUUUGACACUUUUCAGGCUGAUUUUCAAAAGGCGCAAAAUAAGAACCAGGUCACAGGCUCAGGUCACAGUAAACAGACUCCGGUCAAUAGAAGAACCUGAAUUAGGAAGUCUGUUUGUAGGGUUAGAAUGUGUUUUUCGUAGUUGUUGUAAUCUAGUUUUAGCAGAACACAGAUGACCCUUAAACUUCUGGAAUUGUCAGAUGUUAAUCUGUAAAGAACAGGCAAGAUUCACACAGUUUUUGCAUGAUCAACAUUAUCCAUACGAAAAGAAAGUUAAUACAUUCAAUGACAAGGUUUCGACCAGAAGCCGCCUUCAGUAUAUCUUUCUAAACGAUUGUCAUUUAAUUUAUUAAGCUUCUUUUAGUAUUUCAAAUUUAAAUUCAAUGUCCGAGUAUUUAUCGUUGGUUUACAGACUUCUGUUCGGUGCAUUUCUCCUGUCAGAAAAGGGUUCAAGCGACUCCUGUGCCCAGAAAUAUUUAAUAUGCUGUGAAAAAAAAAGGCUUUAAAUUUAAUUAUAUGGACUGUUGGCGACACCUAGUGGACAGACUGUUCUAACAGGCAGGGAUUUCUGCUUGUCUAUUGAGUCGUCUUUGCAUCAUCCAACAUCGUUUUAAUAUUUGAAAGUAAAUGAACUCAUCCGACAUUCAGAAUAGUCACCCCUUUCCCUUGCAUUGUCCUCGGCCAGCAUCAUAAUCCCACUAUGCUUCAUUGAUUGAAGGAAUACAAACAUCAAAUAUUACAUGAGAUUAACUGAAAGAGCAUUGGGGGACUCUGAUAUCUAAUGAAUUCAAAGACAUAGCAUGAAUGAGAGGUAACGAAAUGCAUUAACAUUGUUUCAUCUUGGCAUGUACCAUUCCAAGAUGUAGCUUGGUGCGCUGCAGGACCGCUAACGAAGAGCUCCUUGCCGAAUGACUGAGCAACAAUGUUCCCCUUUUAAACUGCUACAUUGUUACUGCUCUGUGUUUAUUUAGCUUUUUAUUAACUGUUAAUGACUAGCUUAUAACAUGUUAACAAAACUGAUUAGUUUGUCAAUGACUAGCUCAUGUUAGUAUGCAGUACAAACAGGCAAACUUAUUCCAGUAUAGGGAUCCAUGCUUAUGCUUGUCCUUAUCCCUGGGAUAGUCAUAUUAUUAAGCUUGCUUGUUUUGAGAAAGAAAGGACGCAGGAAAUCUGCUUUUUUAUAACACAAAGACUGGGUUACGUUUGAAAUAAGUGCCUGAUGAAUUAAGUGUUAUUGAAUUCAUAUGAAGUCGCCAUCUAUUCAAGAUAAGUUCCACACAGCCUUAUUCAAACACUUAGAAACUGCCACAUACUCACUGUAAUUUUAUAUGAAGUGUGGAAUGUGUCAUGGACAGAUGCUAGCUUGAUUUGGAGUUCUCAUACAUUUACUGUAUUACAUUCCAGUUGCUGAUGUUUAUUACAGUGGUGCUACAGAAAGGCUUCCUCAGAUCUUUUUAAUAGAUUCUUUACUGUUGGCCUAUUGACUGGAAAGUUGCUCCUUUUUAAAUAGCUUGAUCCGGGUCACUUAACUUUGGUUAAAACAUUCUCAAAGAUGGCAGACAGGAUUAGCAGAUUUCUCACCCACAGGGUUUCCUGCAAGGAAAUGUAAUUUAACACUGAGAAAGGCUCACAAACUGUUAGGCUACUGUUAUUCCAAUACGCUGCAUAUAUUAAAAAAAAAAAACAGUGAACCUGCACACUAAUUACAGUGUUUGUAUAACAUUAAAACAUUAUUGCUAAUACGAUAUCCUCUUCAGUCACUGUGUGCACAAUUGUACCACGGUAGGAAUCUAUAUUGUAAUGCAUGUGUGUUUUUUUUUCUUUUUUCCCCAAAGUUAUGGCAAGGCAACUUCUCAAACUCCGUAGAGUUCACACAAACUGUUUUUUAAAAUUUCUAAAAAAAAUUUAAAACGUUUGACCUGAAAGGGGAUGUAGAAGGAGAUGGAAAUAACUUACGGAUCACAUAGAGGCAGUCAGAACCAUUCAGCAGUCAAACACAGAAAAAGAAAAAGCAUUCAUUAAUGUUCUAUAUACCUAACGACAGUGCCAGCUGUGGAAUGCAUGUUUCAGGAUUGCACAUUUAAGCAAACAUUUAACAUUUAAGCAAAGGGAAGGCUGUAAAUUUUGCUCUGUUUCAAUUUAACCUAUAGUACCAUCAUCACUUCAUCUGAUCAGAUUGUAUUAACUAUGGUUCAGGGCAUACAGACUCCUCAAGAGGACGCGAUUUGUAUUUUUAAAAAGUUCUGAAAUUGUACUUGAAAUGAAUUGCCAGCAAUCCUCUUAAUUCUGGGGAAGAACUUGCAGGCAGUGCCUGGAUUACAGGAGGUUGGAAAACUUUACUUACAGCAUCAACCGAAAAAGGUGCCCUCAUUGUGCAACAGCAUCCUGAUUCAGUGUGCGUGUCGCUGCGGCGUGUGUGAAUGACUCCCCCCUCCCCCUCUCUGUGUCCUUUUGUAAAUACGAUCCACAGCACAGACAAAAGGGCACUCCUGUUUGCUUUGAACUAUGCAAGGAUCUGCAGGAGUUGUUCUUUCCGAUGCUCUCUCUGAUCUCUGUUUGUGUGUUUUGUCUCUCGGUGGAAUGUGCUUGUUCCUGUUUUUUUUACUUUCUUUCCACUUUAAAUAAAUAAAAGUGGUCCUCUUUUUUUGUUCUUGUUUGGUAAUAUAUGGCGGUGUGGAAUGCAUUGUUCUCUUUGUCCUGUCGUUUCAAAUAAAAAGAAGGAAAAAAUUAUAAACCACAAGCAUAUAUAUACAAAAUAAAGUCACUGGGGUUGGAUUA